UCCACUCUGAUGAGGGCUCAGACGUGAUAACACCCCUGGUUCUCCAUCCCCGUAGGAGCUGGCGUGACGGGCUGCCUGUUGCCUCCUCUCCAUUAGCCACAGCUAUUGGAUUUCCCACCCAGAAUCGUUAGGUAAAUGAGAUCAUGAUUCUGGAAGGAAGUGGUGUAAUGAAUCUCAACCCCAGCAACAAUCUCCUUCACCAGCAGCCAGCCUGGACAGACAGCUACCCCACGUGCAAUGUUUCCAACGGGUUUUUUGGAGGCCAGUGGCAUGAAAUCCAUCCUCAGUAUUGGACCAAGUACCAGGUGUGGGAGUGGCUCCAGCACCUCUUGGACACCAACCAGCUGGAUGCCAGCUGCAUCCCUUUCCAGGAGUUUGACAUCAAUGGCGAGCACCUCUGCAACAUGAGUUUGCAGGAGUUCACCAGGGCGGCGGGGACGGCGGGACAGCUCCUUUACAGCAACCUGCAGCAUCUCAAGUGGAAUGGCCAGUGCAGCAGUGACCUGUUCCAGUCCACACACAAUGUCAUUGUCAAGACCGAACAAACUGACCCUUCUAUCAUGAACACCUGGAAAGAAGAAAACUAUUUAUAUGACACCAACUAUGGUAGCACAGUAGAUUUGUUAGACAGCAAAACGUUCUGCCGGGCCCAGAUCUCCAUGACAACCACCAGUCACCUUCCUGUCGUAGAGUCACCUGAAAUGAAGAAGGAGCAAGACCACCCUGCCAAGUCCCACACCAAAAAGCACAAUCCGCGAGGGACACACUUAUGGGAAUUUAUCCGCGACAUCCUCCUGAACCCAGACAAGAAUCCAGGGUUAAUCAAGUGGGAAGACCGGUCUGAGGGCAUCUUUAGGUUCUUGAAAUCGGAGGCUGUAGCUCAGCUAUGGGGGAAAAAGAAAAACAACAGUAGCAUGACCUACGAAAAGCUCAGCCGAGCAAUGAGAUAUUACUACAAAAGAGAAAUUCUGGAACGUGUGGAUGGACGAAGACUGGUAUAUAAAUUUGGGAAGAAUGCACGUGGAUGGAGAGAAAAUGAAAACUGAAGGUGCUGAUUCUUGGAACACAAACCCAAACAUAUCCCAAAUCACAACAACCCAAGAACUCCUGGACGUAAAUAUUUCAAAGACGACUUUUCUCUGAUAUUUAUGUACCACGAUGGGGGAAAAAUCUACUUCUAAUGGGAAGAAGGAACACUACAGUUGAUAAAAUUAUUUUGUUACUUUCAAGUAUGUCCUAUCUAGGGAACAAACGUACACAGUUUUCUGUGAACUAUGAUGCUGUAUGUGGUUGUGAUUUGUGUUUGCCUUUAUUGUGAAGUUCUUUUCCACUGCAAGAAGAAUAGGGUGUGUUGCAUUGUGCUUCUUGCUAAGAGAAAGAAAGAAAAUCAGAGGGCAUUAAAUGUUUUUAUAUGUAAAAUGAUUUAGGAAAAGGUGAUGUGUCCUUCGCACAUAAGCGUCCACAGGCAGGGCUGCUAGGAUGAACUCCAGGGUCUCAGAUUGACGGGAUGAACCCGAGGGUGCUGGGAAGUUUAAUCUGACCCUUAGGAGCCACUGAGUGGAGAAUGAGGACAUCCAGGAGUCAGAGGAUUUGUGAUGUUUAAAUCAGAAAGAACAGUGGUGGGGGCUUUACACUCAUUCAGGAAUGCUUUUCCUGACGCCGAGGCUGUCUUUCCUCCUCCUCCUUGGAGGUUUGGUGAAAAAUCUUCAGUCGCCACCUCGACUCACUUUUAGUUAUUUGAGAGAGAGUUCAGCCUUGGCUAUUUUUAUCCCAAUUGCUUAAAAAUAAAUGGGAAAAAGGAUGUGAUGAGUUCACUCUUGUAUCCCUAUAGUCCACGGUUUCUCGAUUGGCACAGUUGACAUUUUGGGCUGAAUAAUUCUUUGUUGUGCAUUAUUUGGCUGUCCUGUGCAUUGUAGGAUGUUGGCGGUAUCCAUGACCUCUACCCACCAGAUGCCAGUAGCACUCCUGACCCCAAAGUUGUGACAACCAAAAAUGUCAUCAGACAUUUCUAUAUGUUUCCAGGGGGGCAAAAUUACCCUUGAUUGAGAACCACUGAUUUAGCCAGUCAAAAUGAACAUGGUGAUUUAUCCUCAGAAUAAAAAGAUGUUUAAGAUCUUUUAGUCCCUAGAAAGAAGCAAAAGCAAGACUUCAAGUCAACUUAGUUUUAAUUUUUAAAAUAUUAGGGACAAUGGGUUUAAAUAUCUAGAAGGAUUUCUUUUUAGAACCCCAGAUGAGAGCCAAAAUCAGACAAAUUAAACAGGAUAAUGUAGCAAGAACUACAAAGAAGACAUUUUCACUAGAAUUACAAAGCAGAGUAAAAAUUAUAUUGCAGAAGGAAAUACUGAGAGAAAAAAAUGUGUGUGUACGUGCGUGUGUGGGUUUGUGUAUGUGUGUUGUGUGAGAUAGACAGAUGAUAGAUAGAUAGAUAGAUAGAUAGAUAGAUAGAUAGAUAGAUAGAUAGAUAGAUACAUAGAUAGAUAAAGGUCCAGGGAAAAUCUUCUUUGCAGAUGUUAAUUCUUAUAAUCUUUCCUCUUUUGGAUCAUUUCUUUCCUGUCUCAUACGAAUUCAUCCCAAAGUGACUGGUAUGUUGCCUAGAUUUUAAACCAGAGAAAUGUUUAAAAAAGAGACAGAAAAGAAAGGAAAGAUGUAAGAGAAAACCAGAAAAUGCAGCUCAGGUGCUAUGGUCAGAAGGAGUUGGAGAUUUCGGCAAUGACAGGAUGAUUUGGGGUGCCUGCAGACUUCUCACCGGACCCUACAAUCUUGUUUGCAGACUGUGAGCCUGUAAACACUUUGAAAUGGGUUUGGACAUCCAGAUUCCUUUUGCCACUUUUCUUUUUGAUGCCCCAUGGCCUUGGUUUUCUCCUCCGAUCUGCCUCUCUUGAGCAUUCAUAUGGGGCUGAAGACACGUACCAAUAAGAGGGAGUGCUUUUCAUCAACUAAUGGAGCACCUGCCACAGUGGGUCACCCAGCGGAUGUGAGCAAUUCUUAGUCAAAGGGGUGCAAAGUGCUUGUAAAAUAUUCAGAAGGCUGGAAAUAAGAAUUAAGACUUUGUCCUACUAUAAUGAGAACCAUUAUGAAUGGGACCUUGGGGGCACCAGCUUAGUGAGAUAAAUGACCUUCUAAAAGUCCAACCAAGUCUGUUUCUGUUUCUACCUGGCUUGAUCACCUCCACAAAGGUGUUGCUCAGUGUUGUCAACUAACAGUUACUGAGGGGACUGAGAGAAACAACAAAGCAGCAGCCCAGAUCCGAGACAUUCCUGCAUGACACACCUUGCUUUUCAGACAAGGCUAAAGAAGCAUGAGGCUUUCCCAGCACUUUUCUAUACUUCCCACAGAAUGAAUUAAACAUGCAGAUAUUUGAUGUCACUGUGUCUGUGUGUGUCUGAAUUGUGUUAUUUGGGAUAUCUGCUAAUUCUCUCUCUGCUGUUCCUUCCCUGGCUUUGCCUGUUCGUCACCUAAGGUGACUAGAUUUUUCUUUGAGUUUACCCUUCCCCAGACCUGUAAGUUUCUUACAUUUCUCUAAAUUGGCCUUGGCUCUUCCCGCACCCUCUCCAUUGAACAGCAAUCUUUACUAAGUAGUGAGCGAGUCUGGGGAGUACCGACUGGAACAGUUCUGCAGAGAAUUAGCAGAUCGUGUUGUUUGUUGAAUGUGGCAGUUUCUUGGCAGCGGUUUCUACUUAAACAGGCUGGAGUAUUAAGUUCUCAGCAUAUCUCUCUAUUGUCUUGGCUUGAAUUUGAUGCAUUUUCUAUGUGCUGUUCGUGACUUGGAGAACUCAAGGUAAUCAAGCCAUGCCAACUUGGGGUGUGAACAGAAUAGUUCCUACCACAGUGUUGAAAGGGAGAGCAAAAUCCCAGAGAUAAGCCAGCAUCAGGUGAAGCCCCCUUUCUUUUGGGCGGCGCACGGCUUCUCACUGAAGAUGCUCGUCUGUUCUAGAUGCUCACAUGGUCACCACACAUGGUCUCCUCGAACCCUCCCUGAGCUCGGGUGCUUAUUUGUAGUUUUCAUGGGAACUCGAGGCAGGAAAUGUAUUGCUGAGACUUUAUCAGACUCAGAUCAUCUGAAGCUUCUAGAUAUUUGACUUGAUGAAACUUGAGUAAGGCCCUGGGACACACCUACAGCUUCUUGUACUUGCCUUCUGAGCCGGGCAGACCCAAGUUAUGAGUUUUCCUUUGGACACGCUGGUCCUUCCUCAAAGUUUUUGCCUUGCUAGACUGUAAGCUCUUUGGGGUCAGGUACUAUAUCUUAUCAAUAUUUUUUUCCCCAGUACCUAACAUGAAAUAUGUGCUCAAUAAAUAUUUGUUGAGUUAAUGAAUGAAAGGCUUCUGGAAGACUCCUCGGAUUCGGCGGCUAUAUCCACAAUCAGAUGUGAAUCAUUUCUUCACUAGAAUAAGAGCACAGGGCCAUAACGUCAAGGACAUAUUAUUAUCUAUAAGAUGAACAUUUUACUGUGAGACGCCUUGCUUUGCCUUCCUACUUGCGCUGAAAUGAAACCAAAACAGGCUGUUUGCUUCCGCAAGUCAUGUGUUGGAUGAGAAUUCUGUUGCCUUAUUAGGAACUGUGAGAUUUAUCUGGUAUAAGAAACCAGUAAUGAACCUUUGACCUGUUUCAACCAAUGAAGAUUAUGAAUGUGUUUAUAUGAUGUAAAUUGCUAUUUAAAUGUAAAGCAGUUCUAAGUUUUAGUAUUUUGGGGUUGGUUUAUAUAUAUACAUGUAUAUUUUUUUUCUUUUUGAAAAAUAUGGAGGGAUCUUUUGAUAAGGUGAGUCAGGCAUGUUAGAUUUUAGUUUUGCAAGUGUGUUGUUUUUUAAAUGUAUAAAAUAUAGGAAAAGGUAAAAUAGUAAGAGGGAAAGGCAGUUAUGUUCUUCUUCUAUAGUUAAAAAAGCAUUUGUUGAGUGCCUACUAGGUGCACAGCCUGAAACCAUGUGCAGGAGCUUAUCUACUUAGAUAGGGUGUAAUAGAUACUCUAUAUGAACCUACUGAAUGGAUGUUUACUGUAUAAAGAAAGAAAAGUACAGCAGUCAUAACAUCAGAACUGAAUUAACCUCAGUGUUGGUCCUCAAGAUUCCAUUUCUGGAAUAACAGAUAGAGCAUUUAAUAAAAACCCAUAGAGACUAAGCCUUGUGAACCAGUGAAAUGUAUAAACCUUCACAAAUUUAGCUAAAUUGGGAUUAAUCUUUCCAUAGCUAUCUGCAUAAUUCUCGCUUUUCUUCCCAUCUGGCUUCUGGGUUGACAAAUUGUGGGAAACAACCCUACUGCUGCUGUUUUGUUGAAAAUCAGAAAUCUUGCCCUUUAAACUAUGUUAAAUUCAAGUUGAGUAUUUCUCUUUUAUGAAAGGAUUAUAUUUUUCAAAUAUGACUUUUUGUUUGAUGGGUCCCUGAAAAACACUAAUAAAAACCACAGAGACCA